AUGGUAAUCAUAUUAGAAAACUUUUUGAAUGAUGAUAACAAUCGUGUAAAUAAUUAUGGAAGUGGGAUAUUGAGUGAACCUGUUCUAGGUCAUAUAGUAAAUCCUAUCAUCAUGUAUAUUUUUUUGAUGGAUCAAGGUCGCCUUGUCUCACUAGAUGACAACUUAUUAUCUCAAACGGUUUCAAGUCUACGCAAUGUUUUGGCUCAUGAUUUUGACCUACCAUUGAAUAAACAAAUUCUUUUAGUAUCAGGUGGUUUUCAAUUGGAACCAGGUGAUAAACUGUCAACUUAUGGUGCGGGUUUGGAUAAAACCAAUCCAAUUUAUGUGUUUACGCAAACAUUUUCAAAUGAUACAACUGUUCAAAAACCAGAUGUCUUGCAAGUCAAUGAUGGAGGGUAUCCACGACAACUUGCCAGUCUAUUAGAGUUAGCUCCAUCUGAAAAGGUAUUUGAAGAGCGACUACGUCUUAUUCGUUCACUUACUCCGAUUGGUCGUGAAGCUGCCAAUGCAAUUGAACAAUUGGUUUCUGAACAACGUCAAAUGAUACAGGGAUGGUGUGUUGCAUUAGCUAAUUUAGCCGAAGUAGCGGCAGAUACAAAUAAACGUUUGUUGUUUGCAACAAGUCGAUUAGUUCAAUUUGAAGGAUGUGUAUCAGAUUGGGAACGAAAACUGUACAACUUCAACGAAUUAAAAAAGGAAUUAUCAGAAUUGCCGUUACCACCGCAGUUGGUAGCUGGAACUAGUGAAAUCCUUGAUCAGAAAGAAUCGUUCAAUUUUAACAAUAUUCCUAAACCAACAAAUUUAUACGAAUGGGUUUGUUUACAAUCUGCUAUAUCUAGCGUCGGGACACGUUAUUCCUUACCAUCGUCAACAAUUAAAGCUGUUGGUUUACAAACGAUUGCAUUGUAUCUUGGUCGACAUGUCGGUGUUGGUAGUGGUAGUACUGGACGUGUUCGUACAACAAGUACUGGUCAUAUUGGUGUCGUCAGUGGUGCUAAUGAUGGUAUUAUGUCAAAUAAUUCAGGAUCCACUUGUAUUGGAUCAAAUCAACCUACUGGAGUUUCUUUUUAUACUGGUGGUUCUCAAACCAGCUUAAAUAGUUUAGGCUCUACAAAUUCAACAAAUUCCUCAGAUAUACGUUUCAUCAUGGAUCAUCAUCAAUAUUCCAUCACCAAAGAUGGUAGCGAUACAAAUGUACAGGAUCCUUCUUCUUCAGCAUCUGAUUGUUAUGAGUCAGCGUUCUUAGAUAUAAUUAAACGUGCAUUACAUGAUAUACAUUCGUUACGAUUUGGUCCAGAUUCACCAUUCAAUUUUAAUGCUAAACCACCGGAUAAUUUCAGUAGUGAAUUAGUUUAUGUUAGAGCACAAACAAAUCGUUUAUGUGAACUGAUUACAAUGGUUACUAAUUGUUCAAAAUCAAAUUAUGAUGAAAUGACUACUUCUACUAUGUCUCAUCCUUCGACGAAAUCAUCAUCCAACAUUACUACUACUAAUCUUGUGACUGGACUGAAUACUGCAAUGUCUAGUUCGAAAGAUAUUUCUAUUGAUUCAAUGAACAAUGGUAUUACAUCAAAUGAUUGCAAUGGAGCAGUGAAUAAAAGAGAAAUCCCACGGCGCACAUCAUCGUCAACAUAUUCGUCAACUUUAUUCCCAUCGAAAUUGCCAUAUAAUGAUGGUGUAGAUGAUAUACACUUGAUCAGUGUACGUGAUGCGUUAGAUCCAGGUUAUUUCAGUCAACGUCUUUCACAACUUGACCCUUUACUGUGUGAAGCUGUAGAUCUAGCCAGAAAAAUGAUUGGAAUCGAACAGAAUUCUAUAAAAAGUUUUCAACAGAUAAUUCAACAAAAAGUUAAUUCAUUAUUACAGACGAAAUUUAUAGAAAAUACACAAAAUUCACAAGAAUUAAUUAUUGCAUUCAAUCGUCUUUGUGAAAUUCUCGGUAUUGUUAUGGAGAGUAAACUUUUACUGGCUAAUAAUUUGUUUGAUCGUCAACGUUGGCUACAAAAUUUCCAAUCAGAAUUAAAUCGUCUCGAUGCCAUUAUUCAACGUUGUCUUCGUCGUAUGUGUCGUGUCACUACAACUGGCACAUUAAUAUCUCAAUUAAAUGAAGCUGGUCCCACCUAUGCUCGCUGUUUAGCUGAAAUUGUUAGGCGUACGGAAUUCGACGAUAUGCUUACUCAACGAUCUGUAUGUUAUCUUAAAGAGGAAACUAAUUUGAGAACUGAAGAAUGUCGUCGACGGCGUAUAUUUUCUAAACAUUUAAAAAAUAACGUUCUACAUUCACUUUUUUCACCAUGGACUAAUUCAAAAGCGGAAUGUCUCGGGCUUACCAAUAUACCAGGAACAAUUUCUAUGUCACAAGAUGUAGUUGAACAGCAAAUGUGUGAAACAUCUACUACCACCACCAUUACUACUACUACUACCACUAUGACUACUACUACAUCUAAUCAAAAAGUCGAUUCACUUUCACAUAGUCCUCAAACAAAUGCAGCAGAAUUCACAGUGAAUCGACGAUAUGCCUUAUCUUCUUUAUCUGAACCACGUUUAAAUGAAUUAGCCAAAGCUUGUGCAUUGAAUCGUGUACAACAUUCGCGUGUUCGUUCAACUCGAUUAAAUUCACUCAGUUCACCAGAUCCUCAGUUGACUAAAGUUAAAGAAGAUGAAGUGAUUGAAUCGGAUCAAAGUAAAAAACGUUCAAAUUACAAUUGUCCUAUACAACACCAACCAGUUCUGUUACGUCCACCACAUACUAAAGUAAUGCUUGAUGCUAAUCGUCGUGCUUCAAUGCCAUUUGAUGAAUCUGAUCGAGGUGAAUUAUCCAGUCUAUCAAAUUGGUCAGUUGAUUCGUCAUCAUUAUUAGGUAUAUUAUCGAAUAAUUUCUAUCAAACUGAUCAUCAUAAUCUAUCGAAUAUAACACAAUCAGUUAAAAUUACUCGUGAUGAUUUAGAAAGGUUAAUGCAAUCUAUGCCUACUAAUAUAUCUAAUUUAUUAAGGAUGGAAUUGAAUAAAUCGUUUUCACUAUUUAAAAAUACUUCUUUUCUACCUAAUUCAUCAUUAACCAAUCCGAGUGGGAGUGUUUCUUUAGAUCAAACAUCCAAUAUUACUAACAGUACCGGUUUUAUCUGUAGUAAUAGUAGUAGUCCAUUAUCAAAUUUAAAAUCAACUAUCAUGACGCCAACAACAACUGCCAAAACAUCCGUAUCUACAAUGAUAACUAGUACACAAAUUAAUAUGCCUGAAACAAAAUCUAUUACAACCUCUCCAUUUAGUAGUUUAGAGAAUAUAUCAACAAGAGAUUUUAUGAAUGUUGGUUGUCAAGCUGAAUUCGGUUUAAUUGGACCAAUUCUAAAUGUUGGAUCUGGUCGAAGCUUGAAUUCUAGCCUUGGAUUAUCUGUUGAUGAUUCAGUACGUCGUACUACAAUUCAUACAGUUAAUAAUAUUCAUACAGGCUGGGAAGAACUUCCAGGAAGUUUAUGUAGUUGGGAAUUAUGUCGUUUUCCACCUGUGGCAGUACGUUCAGGUGAUCGUAUGUCAAUUUCUUUGAAUACGUUACCACGUUUUGAACAUUUAGUGACUACUGGUACACAAACUGAAGAACAAUUGGAAUUUCCAGAAUCUCAUAAUACAUCUUAUUCUCCUGUUAAACCUAUAAGUACGGAAGAAUUAUGCUUACAAAAUAGUGCGGCACACAGAAAAAAUUCAACUACACACGAGAAUGACGACAAUAUCGUUGAUUAUCAUCAUCCUCAAACACUUCAAACACCUACUACUACCACUAGUACUAUUGUUAAUCAACAUUCAUCUUCUUCAUCAUCAUCAUCGUCACCGCCGUUUACAAUCCACAAUGAUGAAAUUAAUGAAGAUAAUAUUAUUAUAUCAUCAAUAUUUGCUGAAGAUAAUUUAUUCACUGACUCCGCUUUAAUGAUGACUUCAAGUUUUCACUCCACAAAAACAACUUUUUCCAAUAGUAUUAAUAAUAAUAAUACUGAUAUUAGUAAUAAUAAUACAUCUUCAUUACAAAUGCAUACACCUUUUAUGUCAAUGCAUAAUCAAAGUCGAUCAAUGUCUUCUAGUAAUUUAUGUGAUUUAACAAAUGCUACUGACAUUUGUGGUAGUGAAAGUACAGCAACACAAUAUGAUUCAAUGAUAUACGAUGAUGAUAUGAAAACUUCUCGUGAUGUUCUCCUUUUAAAAUCAUCAUCAUUACCGGAAGUAAAAUUACACAAGUUCAUUGAACAACAAAAUCAAAUUACAUCAUUUACAUUAUUAGAUCAUAAUUGUUUCAAAUGUCGUUUAAAACGUAUUCAUCAAGAAUAUUUUCAAUUACUUCAAGAAAGUUUAAAAUUAAUCAAUAAUAAUAAUUGUCAUGAUCAUACUGAUCAUUAUCAAUUACAACGAAGUACUUCUGAAAUUGUAAUUGAUAAUAAUAAAUCAUCAACAACUGAAAUAAAACAAUCUAAAUCAAUUUCAUUAGAUGCAAUACAAUUAAAAUGUCUUUUCAAUGUGUUGGAAUCAUGUUCAUUAUUAUUUUUAAAAUCCAAACACAUAUCAUGUCAAUCAUCUCAUCCUGUUUGUACGGAACUAAGCACAACGACAUCAUCAAAUGGUAAUGAUACUUGUUCAAAUGUUUCGCAACCAGAUUUAUCUACGACAUUCAGGCAAGAGACUAUUGACAGUUUAAUUGACAACGACUCAACAGUAAAAGAAUGUAUUAAUUGCAUUCAAUUGAGUGAUAAUACAACGAACGAUACAGCAGUACCCGAUGAAUUGGAUUUCGGGCAGUCGCUACAAUAUCUUAUGGAAACUUUACAGUUAAACAGUAAUAAUCCGGUUACCACGAUUUCCAUAUCUACAUCAACAUCACCGUUGUCAUCACAAGUAUUUCCAAUCAUCACUAGUAAUGAGUCGAUUUUAACACAGACAGAAAUAAUUCCAACCACGGAUAUGGCUACAUCAAUAACAAUUCCCAAUAACAUGUUCACUAAAGGUUCUGAUCUUGAAGGUAGAACAUCGCCGAUCUGUGAAGUUUCAACGAGUCUAACUUCUUCAUUGAUGAGCGCUACUAAUACUACUACUACUACUUUAAUAAUAAUAAUUAUAAUUAUCCAUUGUCAACUAUUUCUCACUUGCAAUCUUACAACUGGAUCUUCUUGCUUCAAUAAUAUUUCAUCAAAAUUAACUAAUGAACGUUUUACUAGUUUUGUACAUGCUAACUUUUUGCCAGAUGAUAUUGUAAUAUUUGUUCCUGUUCCAGGAACUAGACCAAGUAUUUCAUCAUCAACGUUAAACACUUCGCCAACUGCAAUCACUACCAUCACUUCUGUCACAGCAACAACGACUUCUACUGCAAGCUGUAUUCCAUCACAAAAUUGCCAUAAUGCUGUAAAAGCAGAUGAUGGUACUGUUGCUACUACUACUACUACUAUUAGUAGUAGUAGUAAUAGUAAUAAUAAUGUUCAUGAUUCAACAAUGAUAACUAAAUCUGACAUUUGGUCAAUGAAUAGUAAAUUCGCUUCGAAUCUCUUAGAUGCUAUUUCACCAUCAUCUAGUUUAUUAUCGUCAAUGAUUGUUCAAUCAUCGUUACCAUUUUCAUCAAUAUUUAUGGAUUCGUUAACAGGAGGAGGAAUUGUAUUAGGAAGUUCUGGUACUAGCACUACCGAUACUAUUACAUCUGUCACUACUACAAACACAAGUGACAGUAAUACCUUAAUGAAUAGUAGUAGUAUCUUAUCUACGCCUAAAAACAUUUGUGCUUUAAUCAACAGUAGUAGUGUUGACAGUAAUAGUACAUUAGCUAAUGAAUUAUGUACAAGCACAUUUGGCGGUAAUUAUGGUACACUUUUACCUUCAACUACUACUCCUACUACUAAAUCUGGUUGUAGUAGCACUAGUGUCAAUACUACAACAACAACUGAAUCAUCUUUCACAACGUCCACAUCAACUAUCACUUAUGUUCAAUGGCGUAUGUUAUCCUCGGAUGGACAUGUUUACUUUUUACAUCAAGAUGAUUUUAAGGCAUUGAAUAUUGACGAUCAUAUUGAUUACUGUAAGCCUAUGAGCUCUAACGUACAGGAAACAAAUUCAUCUCACCAUAGGAAUGUGUCGUUUAAAGAAGCGUUUCAGGCACAUAAUUAUUUUGUCGCAGCCAGAUACAAAAGUAAAGAACGUUGUUUAUCUAAACGAGCAAAUAAUCGAUUCAAUUUGCCGAAAAACUUUAUAUUUUACCGUGUUCGUGCUCGUCCUUUGUUGAAUAGUAAUAGUAGUAGUAAUAACUGUGGCGGUGUUGGUGGUAUUCCUUCGUCACCUUCUCCAACUGGAAAUCUUAAUCGUCAGCAUCAUAAUAAUGGCAGCAAUAAAAAUUCUGUGAUUUGUGAUUCCCAUCCACUUAUUUUACCAGAUACAGAUGUUAAUAAAGAAUGA